CGGAACUGACGAAGUGCGUCGGAACUGGAGAAGCGUCUGACAGAGACGCUGAAGAAGACGACCGGAGUGCGUCGACGGUCGUCCCCGAGAGAGAAAGAAUCGAGUCCGAGAGAGAGAGGAGAGGGAGUGCGAGACGUUCAGAAACCAACAACAAUGGUUCCACGAGAGGGAGAGGAAGAAUUAGGGCAAGAAAAACCCAAAAGAAAUGACGGACUUACCCUAAAUGAAGGGUCUGUCCAAGACGCGGCGCGAUUCCGCUGUUUUUGGCCGCUCCGCUCCACGACCGAGGCGGCCGCUCCAGCCGCGACAGAAAUCCGAGACGCGACAACAUCACCAUUGCGGCGUCGGGCCGCUCCGCUCCACUGGCCGCGAUUGACAACAAUGCUUCAAACUCCUCAUUUUCCUCUUCUUUGUAUUCUGUAGUGACUGUUCCAUGGUCUUCCGUACGGGCUACUUUCGAUUUUUUUUUUUAUACCAAAAAGGCACUAAUAUUUUAUUGUGUGAAUUGGAAAGCAGGGAAGGAGGAGCAGCCUAGGGAUGAUGUUGUUGUUGAAGAUGAAACUAAUGGCGGGUUUCUAUUAUAUCUUCAUAUUUAGAUAUAGUUUAUGAUCCUGAUUCAGGUUCUGACUUUGAAGAUACUAGGUAAAAUGAACAUUGCUGCUUGGGCUAGCAAAGAAGAGGUGGAUAAGGAUGCAUUCACUUCCUUGAAAACAAAAGCAGAACCACCUAAGAGUGUCAUUGAAGCACGUGUAGUAACAUGGGAGGAAGCUGAGAAGGCCAAGUAUAUAUGGCCAGGGGAACUGAAACCAUGGAUAAAAUACUACCUUCCUCUCAGGUUGAUAACAGACAGGGUGAAAAGCCAAAGAAGAAAAGGAAAGAACGGUCUAAGAAGGAGGUGCUUCCGGUUGCUACUGAUUCUUACCAUAACAAUCUUGUUAAUCUGCACACGGUUAAUGAUUGUGGCAGCUGUUGGCUUGAAGAUCCCACAUGAUGUCUCACAAGAUUACACUAUUUUAGUUGUCCUAGGUAACAAAAUUGCAAUGGUGUCCUGUUACUUCAAUCCUAUCCGUACUAGCUCUCAUCUCAUUUCUGCAGAUUUAUCUAGAAAAUUCAAGAUUCCAAAGCUUCUUCACAGGAAAAAGAGGUUUGAUGGUUCACCUAGGUCCUCAAAAAUUACUGCAUUUUAUGGCUUGAAGACACCUCCUUAUGAACUUGUAGUUAAAAUGACUAUUGCCACUUAAGCCAUUAUAACGAUGAAGAAAGAAACCAGGAAUUGCGAAAAAGGAAUAUUAUAUUUUACCAAGGGAUGAAACAAUUACAUCCAACCUUCGAUGAACUCUAA